AUGGCUGGAUGUUGCUGUGUGUCGGCGGAGGAUAAGGAGAACCAGAAGAUCAACGAGGAGAUCGAGAAGCAGCUGCGCAGAGACAAGAAGGACUCGCGCCGGGAGCUGAAGCUGCUGCUGUUAGGUACUGGAGAGAGUGGAAAGAGCACCUUUAUCAAACAGAUGAGGAUUAUACACGGAGGAGGAUUCACAGUUGAGGACAAGAAGAGCUACAUCAAACUGGUCUAUCAGAACAUCUACACGUCCAUGCAGACGAUGAUCCGAGCCAUGGAGGCACUCAGAAUAUCCUUCUCUGACUCUAAGAACCAGAGCUAUGCAAACUCCAUCCUAGAGGUGGAAGUGGAUAAGGUGGAGACUUUGGAUCAAGCCACGGCAUCGGCCAUCAACUGUCUGUGGACCGAUAAAGGAAUACAGGAGUGCUACAACCGACGCAGAGAGUACCAGCUGUCAGACUCCACCAAAUACUAUCUCACCAGCCUGGAUCGAAUUACUCAGCCGUCGUAUGUGCCCGACCUUCAGGACAUCCUCAGAGUCCGAGUGCCGACCACAGGUAUCAUUGAAUACCCGUUCGACAUGGAGAAUGUCAUUUUCAGGAUGGUGGAUGUGGGGGGUCAGAGGUCAGAGCGGAGGAAGUGGAUCCACUGCUUUGAGAAUGUCACCUCCAUCAUCUUCCUGGUGGCGCUCAGCGAGUACGACCAGGUCCUGGUGGAGUGUGACAACGAGAACCGUAUGGAGGAGAGCAAGGCUCUGUUCAAAACCAUCAUCACCUACCCGUGGUUCCAGCGCUCCUCCAUCAUACUUUUCCUCAACAAGACUGACAUCCUGAGGGAGAAGAUCAUUCACUCUCACUUAUCCACUUACUUCCCUGAAUUCAGAGGACCUCAGCAGGAUCCUGGAGCAGCUCAAGAAUUCAUCCUGAAGAUGUACCAAGAACAAAACCCGGAAAAGGACAAGACUCUGUACCCGCACUUCACCUGCGCCACAGACACAGAAAACAUCCGCUUUGUCUUCGUUGCCGUCAAAGACACCAUCCUCAGACACAACCUGAAGGAGUUCAAUCUGGUGUAAAGAGGAGGAGGAGAGAGGAGACGAAGGGCUUCAG